UGGUUCUGUCAGACUUCAUCCACAUAAAAGCCCAGGCUGCCAUUGGUGAGCCCGUUGGAAAGAGCGAACAGGACGCAGACGUAGGAGCUAUCGCAGGAAGGCGCCGACAAAACGCAGUGUCCAUCACUCCAGCUGAUGUAACCAGACAGCGUAUGUUGGAGUCAGUUAUUUUAUAAUAGCAACUCGGUCCUAAAAAGAUACAAAAGAAGGAGAAAAAAUGGGACAUUCCGCAAUAGCUAUAUUGAUGGCUGUAUUGUCCCAUUGCGUGUGGGAAAACGUCGAGGCUCUGGCCAUGACUGAGGUGAACGGGCCAGGCCCCCAGGUGGCGGAGCCACAGAUUGCCAUGUUCUGUGGCCGCCAGCUCCUGCACAUGAACCCACAGACUGGUCAGUGGGAGCCGGAUCCUCAGGGCCGCAAAGACUGCUUCAAAGAGCCCGGCGAGAUCCUGUCCUACUGUCAGGAGAUGUACCCAGCUCUUCCAAUCUCCCAUGUAGAAGAGUCAAAAAGCCCUGUCUCCAUCCCCAACUGGUGUAAGAAAGACUGGGGCCACUGCCAGAAACACCCCUUCAUAGUUGUGCCCUACCGCUGUCUAGAGGGCGAGUAUGUGAGCGAGGCCCUGCUGGUUCCUGACAGAUGCCGUUUCCUCCACCAGGAGCAGAUGGAUGCCUGCGAGAGUUAUGUAUACUGGCACAACAUUGCCAAGGAGGCAUGCACUGCUGAUAAUCUGGAGCUCCACAGCUACGGGAUGCUUUUGCCCUGUGGAGACCAUUUCCGGGGGGUCGAGUAUGUGUGCUGCCCAGGCAGAGGGAGCUCCAGCAGCAAAGGAGAGGCUGAGGAAAGAGAGAUCCCUGCUGGUGCUCAGACACUCACAUCCCAGACCAGUGGAAAACUCAACUCCAUUGUCAAAGUGACAGCCCCCACUCCGAGCCCCUCUCCCGACACAGACGUGGAUGAGGUUGAUAUGGAAGAAGAAGAUGAUGAGGUGUUGGAGGAAGAGGAGGAGGAAGAGGAUGAGGAGGAAGUUGAUGAGGUGGAGGCUGAAGAGGAAGAGGAGGAGGCAAUAGCUGUGAAAGACCCAGAGGAUUAUGAGUACCCUAUUGACUCAGGUCCCUAUCAGACAUCUGACUAUCUGGACUCCUUCUACUAUGAGAAAAGCAACAAACCCACCACCUCAGCACCUCUUAUGGAAGGAGACAGCUUGACUACACCUCGCCCCACAGAUGGCGUUGAUGUUUAUUUUGAGAAGCCAGUGGAUGAUACUGAGCAUGCCAACUUUCUGCGUGCCAAAACAGACCUUGAGGAGCGGAGAAUGAAGCGCAUCAAUGAGAUCAUGAAGGAAUGGGCAGAGGCAGACAACCAGUCAAAGAAUCUGCCAAAGUCAGAGCGACAGGCUCUUAAUGAGCACUUCCAGUCUGUGCUGCAGACACUGGAGGAGCAGGUUGCUGGUGAGAGGCAGAGGCUAGUGGAGACGCAUCUUGCCAGAGUAGAAGCCAUACUCAACAACAAUCGCCGCCUGGCCCUGGAGAAUUACCUGACUGCCGUACAGUCUGACCGCCCUCAGCCGGAGCGCGUGCUGCAGGCUCUAAAGCGAUACAUGGCUGCAGAGCAGAAGGACCGCAGACACACACUCAGGCAUUACCAGCAUAUUGUGGCUGUUGACCCCCAGAAGGCUGAGCAGAUGAAAUUCCAGGUGUACACACAUCUUCAUGUGAUUGAGGAGAGGAUGAACCAGAGUCUUGCAUUGCUGUACAAGGAUCCUACUUUAGCGGAGGAGCUGCACAAUGAUAUCCAAGAGCUGGUCAAGGCAGAACGAGGAGACAUCAGUGAGCUCAUGACCACUUCCUUUUCUGAGACCCGCACUACUGAGGAGCUUUUGCCUGCUGAGAGCGAGGAGGAGAAGGAUGACGAGGAAGAAGAAGAGAGAGCCUUCCAAAACAGGCCUUAUCCUCCACGCAUUGAAGUGCAGUCUAACAAGAAAGUGUCUGCAGUAGAUGAAUAUGAUUAUACCACAUCUGAGAGAGGUCCUACUUAUGAAUAUGAGGAAAAGAUCAACACCUCUGCAGAGCUCAAGCAGGUGGUCUACAAGCCUGCUGAGAUCGAGAGAGAUGAACUUCAACCUGAUGCCUUGGAGACGUUUAACCGCGGCGCCAUGGUUGGGUUGCUGGUGGUGGCUGUGGCAAUUGCCAUGGUGAUGGUAAUCAGCCUGUUGCUGGUCCGCAGGAAGCCGUACGGGACUAUCAGUCAUGGCAUUGUAGAGCAGGUCGACCCCAUGCUGACCCCAGAAGAACGACAGCUCAACAAAAUGCAAAACCACGGCUAUGAAAACCCCACUUACAAAUUCUUCGAACAGAUGAACUGAGGUACUGGGGCUACCAACAAGUCAUGCCCAAGUCCGACCACUUGUUUUGUCCCUCUACUCUUCCUUAUGGUGGUCUCCCAGCCACACUCCCUGUGACGGAUUUAUGAUGUGUUGCAAUUAUAAAGUAACUGACUAAGUAAGGGGUACAUCCCAAACCCAUUGUAAAUGACCAACAACAACCUAUCAUCAUUACCAGAAUGUGAAUAAUGAGAUAUGAUACCAACUUGCAUCACCUAUUGUAAUCUUAAAACUCCUCUGGGUUAUAGUCUGGGGAUUGUUCUUUCCAUUAACGCUGCCACAGCGUUUCAUAAUUCUGAAAAUAUUCACAUCAUAGACAGGAGAACCAUCCCAGUGGCAUGACUUGACCUAUUGCUUUUCACUAGAAACUGAAGUUGAACGGUGCAUAAUGCUUUAUAGUAUUUAUUUUUCAGUAGUAGUCUCUUUGUUCAAAUUGUACCACAGUUAGAUAUAAUGUAUCUGUGUAGAUGAGUGUGAGUGACAGCCAUGUUGAAUUAUGGUGUCAAUUUAAAACCCACUUACUUUGAAUGUGUGAGACAUUUAGGCUUUAAUUUAAAACAUGGAAGGCCAAAAAGACCACACUGGAAUACACUACAGAAUAUGUGCUGGUGGUACAAAAAACAUCAUGUUUUGACUUUUGAGGUUCUGCCCUCAAUAUAAUUCAUUAUUUGGCAAAAUAUACCAAAUAUUCCAUUUAGCGAAUUUAGUCAGUGAAUGAGUUUAUUUUAUUUGUACUGCUACCUAAAGACCUGUAAAACAGAAUAAUCAAAAGUCCGUUAUUUUGAUGAAAGCAUGACAACUUGGUGUAUGAUGCUGCUGUAUUUAUUUGUGUUGUUCCCGUCAUUGCUUUUGAGAAGUCGGAAAUGUCACCGUUCAAAAUGGACACUGUAAAUAACGUAAGUAAUACAUACUACUAGAUGUAGACAUUUCUAUGAUUAAUUUGCAUUGAUGUAAUGGAAUAAUACAUAAAAAUAGUACAUUGUGCGGUUACGAGAAGGAGAAACAUUUUCCUAACAUGGCUGAUUGAAAACGGACUGUUGUAAAAACCAGCACAAGACAACGACACAGUAACUUCUUUCUGAAUGUAUUUAAGGUAGACGUUGAGAUUCCAUCUUCUUUUCAGUAAUGCAUCAUUCCCCCUAGUAGCCCUGAAUAGGAGUUAGUGAAGUUCAACACAUCCAACAGACACACUACAUGCCUGAUGCCCUUCUUGCCACUUCCUGUAGCAACCGGUUCAUUUUCACAUUUGGCAGAUGUGUAUUUGAGCAGAGGAACUUAAAGCUUAGGUGUGUUAAUCUGUGUAGUGCAGUGAAGUGCAGAGAGGCCACAGCUAUAGUAAUGUGAUGUGUCAGUGUGUGUAGUAACUCCUAAAAUCACCACACUCAGGCUAGUGUGGUGUUGGUAGAUAGUAGUAAAACAUACUGUUAGUCUUUAAAUCUGCCACUUUGACAUCUUUGGACUCAACAAACAUUGAAUGUUAGUACUCUAUAGAUGCUAUAUUUAAGUUACUCUCCUCAUAAAUAGCUUUUCUCUGAAUGACUCAUUGUAGUUUGUCAUAUUUAUGAUCAACAUAGUACCCUGCAUAGGUAAGUUAAAAAGGGAUUUCCCCUUUUUUGUCCUGGCUGAUUAACUGCUACGUCUGUCAAGUUGAUUUUCCUUCAACCACUUCAUUCUACUACUUCAUCUUGGUUAGGGAAGGUCAUGCAGUAGGAUGUUGCUUUUUUGUUCAUCAGUCUUUAACUGUAUACUAAAAUCCAUACCAAAAUCAGUUCCAAAUCAUUUAUUUAUGAUGGUAGUUUUCUUUUUAAACCUGCAUUUGUCCAGUCUGAAGAAAAAUCAUUUACUUGUAUUUUUGUUUUUUUGUUUUUUUGAGAACUUUGCUUUGAAAUAAGCAAAAAAAGACAAUAGUGAGUUACAGUUUAGCAUUAAUCUUGUGUUCCUCUCAUUAGGCAGGUUAAUUGCAGGUUGUGGCUGCGUUAUGACGGGUGAAGAGAAGUCAUAGCCCUUGUAUAAUUUGUACAGCUACGUUAGUGAAUGAAAACAUUGUAUGUUCACAGUUUAAGUCAGUUGAUCUUGUAAUGAUACUACUGAAACCAUAGAUGAGAAUAAGCUUGCCUGUGUUUCCCAAACCACUGAAGGUUUCCUACCAGCAUUUAGCAGACUUAGAAUGGUGUAUACUGUAGUUACUCAAAUCACAUUUGUACGUACGUCCUCCUGUCGAAUUCUAGACUUCUUUAUUGGUCUGUCCCCCUUACCUCCUGAUGAAUUAUAAACAAUGUUAUUGAGAUUUUAAUUGCUGCAUUAUUGCCUUUUACAAUGCUGUGUUUUGGAUGUAAUUAUUCUGUAUUUUUUAUUUGUAUGUAAUAAUCAGUUGGAUCAAGGGUCAUGCUUUUCCGAUGUAAUGUAAUUUUAGAAGCUUGUAUGAGAAAACACUGACAAGUUUAAUACGUUUAGAAAUGUGAAAUAUAUAGACAGAUGUACAGCCUCUGCCUAAUUGACAAGGAGUGGCACUAAGCACAAGUACAACUAAAUUACUCCAUUUGUGUACAGGUUGCAAAAUGUUAAGACGUUGAUUCUGUCUGAUUUCAAUUGUACUGCAUUGAUUCUUGGGGACGUUGAUGGCAUCAUUAAGACCUGUCUUUCAUUUUCAUUUUAACCAAAGACAUGCUCCACCAGUAAGCAGACAGAUAUUCAAAUUUGGCAAAACUGUUGUGUAAAUGUAUUUGCAAGCAAUCUGAGAAAUUAAAACUGGUCAAGCUAAUUAAUAGUGUAAUAAAAAUGAAUGACC